UAUCUCUAUCUAUCUCUCAGCUUCCAUAAAUAACAAGUACCCUUUUUCACUUACUUUUCCUUCAAACCACCAUCCCCAAAAAAAGCUCCGAAUCCUUUCUCUUUCUCUUCAUUUUUUUUUAUCUGACUAGCAGUGACAAGUAGUCCCUGGAAAAUUAAUUACUCUCAGUCUCUCAGCUUUAAAUUUUUUUUCCCCUAUGGCAGUGUUCCUUCAACCCUAGUGGGGAUCCUACUAAAAAGCCUAUUGCCUCACCAACACAAAUCAUAAGUCACUCAUGAUAUAAUCACGACCCUUAAAACCCUUUCUUUUCACCUCUUUCAUCUCAUUCCAUUCCCCCAUCAUCAAUUCUUUGCUUCUCUGAACUCUUUUGUUUUUCUACAUCAUAUCAUAUCCUCAAUUAAAACUCUCAAGUCUCACCCUUAAUUUCUAGCUAUUAAUAAUUCCAUUACCUUAGCAUAUUUCACCGCCUGAAAACAAACCUAGUUAGCUAGAUCUUCUCUAUUUCUCCAUGUUCACUAAUUCACACACGGUAAUGCAAACCUUACUGUCUCCUUUGGCGGAGCCUGACCUCUCCUUGAACAUAAGCCCUCCCUCUAUCUCAGAUUCUGAAGCCGCCAAAGAUGUUGGAAGCUUUGGAAAAGUGCUUUACAGUGAUAUUUGUUCAACUUCUGAUUCUGGUAGUAGUGGAGGAAGUGAUUUGAGCCACGAGUUCCACAACCUUGGUCAUCAUCAUCAUCGUGAGCCCACAUUGAAGUUAGGAUUCGGAACUGUGGAUUUGAAUCCGCACCAUCAUCAAGUACAAGGUGUUCCAAGAAGCUUCAUUCACCACCACCUCCAACCUCACAUCUAUGGCCGCGAUUUCAAACGAAGCGCAAGAGUCGUUCAUGGUGUCAAAAGAAGCGUCAGGGCUCCUAGGAUGAGAUGGACCACCACCCUCCAUGCCCAUUUUGUUCACGCGGUUCAACUUCUUGGCGGCCACGAAAGAGCAACUCCGAAGUCUGUUUUAGAGUUAAUGAAUGUUAAGGAUCUAACCCUAGCACAUGUCAAGAGUCACUUGCAGAUGUAUAGAACAGUGAAGAGCACUGACAAAGGCAUCACUGCUGCAGGUCAUGGGCAGACAGGUAUUGGAUUAAUGAACCCAAGGCCAGGCAUUAAUGUUCAUCUGCAUGCACUCUCACCUAUUUGUGACACAACCAAUUUACCAGACCCCAUUCAAAGUUCACACAGGACACCGUGGCAAUCAUCGAUAGAGACAAAAACAAACAAUAGAAGACAAGAAGAACCCGAAAUCGGUUUGACGUAUUCUCACCUCAAGGGAAAUAAUAAUAAUAAUGAAACCACGGUGGAUGGGCACAACAAUUAUGGAGGGUUGGAUUCUACCCCUUUGUCACGUUCCGAGGAGGCAAUGCUUGACCUUGAAUUCACCCUUGGAAGACCCAAUUGGCAGAAAGACCACACUGAAUCAUCAAGAGAGUUAACUCUUCUCAAGUGUUGAAUUAAUUAAACACCUACUACAUCAUAUCUCUCUCGAACAAGAUUGUCUCCAGGAAAAGAUAUGUGUGAUUUAGUUCAAAAUAAAACAAUAAACACCACGCCACAUCACAUAUCACUACACAUUCACACCCCUUAAAUUUCCUUGUCAUUGAAACACCGUACAAGAUGAUAUGUGUGGAGAGAAGAAAUUUAUAAGAGAUGAGGGGGAAUUAUUCCAUGUGAAUGAUUUUAUUGGUGAUGUAUAUCGUUCUGAGUUGUGUCUGGGGAGAGAGAUGAGGAAUGGGAUAAAAGGGUUUUGCUAGAAAACAUAUGCUUCAGUCCAAAGAAAUUCAGGCAUUGUCUUUGGUGUCAUUUUCGGUGCAUUAUGAAAAAAAUUAGAAUGGCUCUUUCAGGGCAUGGACCAUGGUUUAUAGUUAGGCGAAUAUAGGACCCAUUUGGGAAUGCUGAUAUUGGACAGGUGGGUCAUGUUUUGUGCCUGCACCACCAUAACAUCGUUCUCAUCAUAUCUGUACCCGAGAGAACUUACAUUACAUAUAUUAUAUGCUGAGGUUUAAAAUUACUAAUGCAAACUGUUUUUCACGAGGUUCCAUACUCACCAA